AUGUCUGAGGGCAUAGACGAGAAGAUGGCGGCUACAUCUGCUGGCUCGGCACAUACCGACACAGCGCCAGGAGAGGUGGCUCGAGAAGAUGUCAUGCCUCUGGGCAAACCUUGGAUGUACAAGUCGUUCAAACUUGGCUUCAUCAAGAUUCCUCCAUAUGCCAGCCCCGAGUUCCAGAUCGUCUUCGUCGCGCUGGUGUGCUUCUUAUGCCCGGGUAUGUUCAACGCGGUCAAUGGUCUCGGAGCCGGUGGAUUGGUCGACGCCCAUGAUAUCAAUAACGCCAACACUGCUCUCUACUCGACCUUCGCAGGAGUCGGGUUCUUCGCUGGCAGUAUCGCCAACAGAAUCGGUCUCCGCCUGACUCUAGGUUUCGGAGGGUUUGGAUACUGUCUCUACAUUGCCUCGAUCCUGUCAUACAACCACAAUCAAAAUGCCGGCUUUCUCAUCUUCGCAGGUGCUCUGCUCGGUGUUUGCGCCGGUCUGCUGUGGACCGCGCAAGGCGCCAUUAUGUUGUCUUACCCUCCGGAAAGGUCCAAGGGUCGAUACAUCGCCGUCUUCUGGAUGAUCUUCAACCUCGGAGCCGUUAUUGGCGGCUUGGUGCCUCUCGGACAGAACAUCCACUCCACGAGCAAUUCGGUCACUGAUGGUACUUACAUUGCCUUCAUCGUCCUCAUGGCUGUUGGAUUUGUCCUGGCAGGGUUCUUGUGCAACCCGCUCCUUGUCAAGCGAUCAGAUGGAUCCCGCAUCAUCUUGAUGAAAAACCCAACUUGGAAGUCUGAGCUUACGGGUCUUUUUCAGACCUUCAUUACCGACUGGUACAUUGUGUUCCUGUUCCCCAUGUUCUUCGCCAGCAAUUGGUUCUACACCUACCACUUUCAAGACGUCAACCUGGCCAGGUUCAACAUCCGCACCCGUGCCCUCAACAGUGUGUUGUACUACCUUUGCCAGAUCGUCGGAGCCUGGAUUUUCGGCUAUGCUCUGGAUACUACGUACUUCCGUCGAAGCACACGCGCCAAGAUGGCGGUGGGGGCCUUGUUUGUGCUCACCUUUGUCAUCUGGGGCGGUGGUUACGACUUCCAGACACAGUACACCCGUGAGAUGGUUUCCGCUCCCGACUAUGUCAAGAUGGACUGGACCGAUUCGGGUUAUAUUGGACCGAUGUUCCUCUACAUGUUCUACGGAAUGUAUGAUUCGGUCUGGCAGACCACUUCUUAUUGGCUCAUGGGCUCCUUGACGAACAACGGGCGCAAACUCGCCAACUUCAGCGGCUUCUACAAAAGUAUCCAAUCUGCUGGUGGCGCCAUCGCCCCGGUCCUGGACUCGAACCACGUCGCCUACAUGACCCAAUUUGCUGUUAACUGGGGCCUGCUUGCGGGCUCUCUUGUCAUCGCUUCACCUGUCAUUUGGCUCAAGGUGAAAGACACGACUGAUGUCGAGCACGACUUGAAAUUCAGUGACGAGACCUUGGCCGAUAUUGCCCCUCAAGGUGCAAUUGUCGGUGCCGAAGGAAUGAUGAGCGAGAAGGUCGAGGCCGGGGUCGUUCGCUAG